AUGACCUCUGUAAAGCCGAGACCAUCUGAUGCACUAGCACGUGAAGGGCCAUCAGAGUUUGAAAUCUUGAAGAGAAACCACAAGUUUCUGCGUGAAGACGAACAAGAUGUAGAGACCGCGGGAUCAAAAUCGUGGGAUGAAGCUUUGGCUCGCAAGUUUUACUCCAAUCUUUGGAAAGAAUAUGCACUGUGCGACCUCAAGCACUACAAAUCCGGAAAUUUUGCUCUUCGAUGGAGGACUGAAGACGAAGUCGUGGAAGGCAUCGGCGAGACUUCGUGCGCCAACACGCGAUGCAAGCAUCAUGCACCCAAAGACUCUCGCAAGGACUUUGGACGUCAGAGCGCCAAAGCUUCGUCGUCAUCCCGUCACAAGGAAAAGGCCCUUCACACGCUGGAACUUCCAUUUGGCUACGUCGAAGAUGGAGCGCUCAAGUCUGCUCUUGUCAAGGUGGUUUUGUGUGAUAGAUGUGUGAAGAAGAUUAUGUGGAAGCGCAGACAAGAGAGGGACGGGGAAAAGCAAGCAGAAAACGACGAAGAAAGCGAUUCUGGGCACUCACGAGUGUCUGAAGGCCGUUUAGGUAAACGAGAAGACUCUUCGUCGAGGCAGUCAGGACAUCGACGCUACACCGAAGAGGAACGGUCACGAUCGUCCGGAGACAGGAGAAAGCAUAGGGAGCGCUCUGCGCAUCGACCGCGUACCAGUCGCUCACGGUCACCAGAGCGGUCAAAACGCAAGCGAAACCGCGAGGAAUAG